UCUGGUCCUGACGUCUGUAGGCCUCCAGUAGCCCUCCUUCAGGCCUACUCCUUGACAAGCCCAGCCAGUCAGCUCAGCUUCCACAUCCCUCCUGAGGAACUCAACUACAGACCCCAUUUCUCGCUGGUGAUGAAGACUACGUCCACAGAAGGCCUGAUUGUCCACAUCCGUGGGAAACAAAAUGGGGCCCACGUGACUCUUUAUAUGACCAGUGGCAAGAUAAGGCUAAUGGUUGGGAAUAGGAGCAUCCAUUACCAUAAGAAGAUAAAUGACAACCACUGGCACAAGGUGGACCUCAGUGUGGAGAAACACAGUUUUCACCUGCUGGUGGACAACCUGAGGGUGACCGACGGACAGCUACCUGCAGGAGAGGGAGCCGCCCUCAGUCUCAGCUCACCUGUCUACCUGGGUGCAGACCUCACGACCCCAAACACAGAAGCACAGGUACCUCUUAGCUUACCUGUCUACCUGGGAGCAGACCUCACAUCCCCAAAGACAGAAGCACAGAAGCACAGGUACAUCUUAACUCUCAUGUACACCUGGGUGUAG